AUGGAGAUGGACUUUCUGGGCCCACGAUCGGCGUCGCGGCAUGCGAUGCCGCUCGUGGCGCGACGCGAUGCCGAGGACGACGGCGAGCCCUGGCGUCUCGCUUCACCGGCACACUUCGCGUACCCGGACGUGCGCGCGGCGGCGGCUCAUCGCCACCACCCGACGGCGCCGUCGUACCAGCUGCACGCGCCGCCGCCGCCGCCUCUGCAUCCCCAAGCCUUCCCGUGCGCCAUUCCCGCCUCGUCCCUGCAAGGCCCGCAGGUAGUCCACCGUGCUGCGUACUCGCCCGAUCGGAGGUGCUCCGCCGCGCAGCUGACGAUAUUCUACGCAGGUUCAGUGCAUGUGUUCGACAACGUGACGAAGGAAAAGGCCGAGCAGAUCACGUUCAUGGCCGCGAAGGCAGCUCAAGCAGGCCGCAGCCCUCCCCUUCGCCGGGCGCUGCGGCAGUCGGAAUCUGCUCCGGUCCCCGACGAAAGAAAGCAGAUGCCACUGGCGAGAGCUUGCAGCGAUCCUGUGCACCCUUCGCCACAGGCAUUGUUCAUGCUGCCGCAUAGAGAUGUUCCGCUGGCCAGGAGUGCGUCCCUUGCCCGCUUCCUCGAGAGACGCAAGCGAAAGCAAAGGACAGCAAAUGCAGCAACGCCCUACUCUCGCAGGGAGAUAUCCCCUGGUAGCGUGGACACUUUCCGUAUGGUCUCGCCAGGAAGCACAACACAAUCCGGCAACACCGAACUGUCAUGGUUCUUCGGAGAUGAGAAGCUGGGAAGCCGCGACGAGGAGGCGCUGGACACGGAGCUCAAGAUGUAGCCGGUGCACAAGCCCUCGCGCCGAGCGUCGCUCAAUAAUCAAGCCCGAAUUUUGGAUCAAGUUGGGUAGACGGUUGGGCUGAUGACAAACAAAACCUUUUGGUUCGUUGGGCGGCAAGAUCUUAGCGUAGCCUUCUUCUUCUUCUUCUUUUGGUUUUGCCUUUCGGGUUCGGCGGCGAUGUUUGCUCACAGUUUCUCUUGAAACUGAAAACACCAUCAUCGCCCUUUUCGGCUUUUUUGAUUUACGGGCUUCUUCGGAUUGUUCCUCAAUCUGAUUAAGAAUCCUGUAGUUUUGGCCGGUGAGAGUUUUUUGUUUUCUUUAUUUCUUUUCUUCCGUUUGAAACGCCAGCUGAGUUGAUGUAUCUCAUAACUGUUAACACUACUGCUGACUGCAAUGAACAAUUUUUGGUGGUCGUUUUCUCAUGCCGGAAUGAAUCUGAUGGUCUUAGGUGAGCAAUAUUGGCAUCCUGGCCCUAGUGGCCUACACUGGUUUCAGUCAAUGAAAUUGGGGGCGAACCCUCUUCGUUUUGACGCGUAGAGGUUUGCCCCAGAUUUCAUGUUGUUGCAAAGCUGAUGAUCAGGUUAGUUCACUAUUUCAAGGUACCUCAUUUGAUUGCUUCUACUAAAAAGGGCCGCGCUACGCAUCGGAUGGUAGAUGAAUUGGAAACAUCAACCGCUUCCUGCACCAUUGGAUUGAGGCACAAAUAGCCGUCGGAUCUCCCCAAUAAGAUGUGUCACGAAUUGCAACAAGGUAGAUGUUGUGCAGGUCGCUCUACAACAGCUGCUUUGUUGCAGAACCAUCGAGGUGUUAUUUUUGCCCGAAACAGAAACUCCCAACAUAGAUCUUGUUGCAGAAACAUUUGCAACAGUGGUGGUGUUGCAGCAUUUUUUUUCUGUUUUUUCUUCACCUUUUUUGCAACAUAUAUGCUCUUGCGGUAAACGAUGUUGCGGGGGGCUUCUGCAAUGUUGUAGGAAUUUAUGUCAUGCGUCACCUUGCAACAUAAACAAUGUUGCAGGGGGGCUUCAGCAAUAAAGGUCUAUCGAUUUUAGACGGAGAAAACAACACGACAGGAUUUUGAUGUUUCCGGUUGCUAAACUAUGUUGUGUUGUGCUUACUUUGCUGUUGCUGAACUAUGCUGUGUUGUGCUUAUUCAUAUUCUAC